AUGUCCAGUCCGCAAUCGUCGCAAGCGAAACCAGCUACGCUCGCCUCGAUGUUUCAACUGUUCGCGAAGUACCGUCCAGCGCUCAAUACCUUCCAGGGCGACGGAAAGCGCAUUCUGUUGUCGCAGAGCGACUGUUGGAUGCAACAGGCGUCCUUAAUCGGGUCAAAGUAUUUUACCCUCACGCAGACCGGGCUAACGUUCUUCGAGUUUAGGAAAUCGUCCCUCGACUUUGCCGAGUACCUGCAGUUUUUGGCCAUGCUUUGCACGGAGAAAGCCAACGUUGAGUUGGAGGAAGUUAAGGAGAAACUAACGAACUGCGGCCCUCCCGGUAUCAACACCUGA